AUGUUCCUUCAGAUAAAGCUUGCAGAAAAUGAUCGAGAUGUUCAUCGCUAUGUCUGGAGAAAUAUGCAAAUAGAUGGUUCCCCAACGAUAUACCGGCUGACGCGAGUUGCGUUCGGAUUCAACUGCAGCCCAUUCCUUGCAAUAGCUACAGUUCAGAAUCAUGCGGAAAGGUUUGUGUUAGAGUUUCCUGAAGCUGCAAAGAUGGUCAUGGAUGACAUGUAUGUUGAUGAUUGUCUGACAGGAGACGAAGGCAAAAAAGAAGCUGUAAAGUUGCAAGAAGCACUGACAGAGUUAAUGCAUCGUGCUGCGCAUAAUUUGACAAAGUGGUCCAGUAAUACGUAGGACGUCCUCAGUCACGCUGAAGAAAAAGAUAGAGCAUCUAACGCGUUGAUUCAUUUCCAUGAUUAAAGCAUUGGGAAUCUGCUGGAACACUUUAACGGACUGCAUCGAUUCCCACAUCCCGCAGAAUCAAUUCCUUUUGCACGAAUGCGAGACCAAGAGGAACAUGCUGAGUGAUGCAUCCAAAAUAUUUGAUCCGAUGGGCUUACGAUCCCCUUACACCGCCAGAUCUAAGAUGCUGUUCCAACAGCUGUGGAACAGAGGUCUACAAUGGGAUGAACAAUUGCCUGACGACAUUCUACAACAAUGGAAUGCCUGGAAGUCUGAGUUGCCUAAGAUAAACGAAAUUAGUAUUCCCAAGUGUAGAGCUGCAUGGGUUUGGAGAUCUUCGCCAAAGGCGUAUGGUGCUGUUGUAUACGUCAGAGUAACCCAACAGAAUGGUGAUGUUGACACCUAUUUUGUCAUGUCGAAAACCAGAGUGGCCCCUGCGAAGGUCGUGUCGUUACCCAGACUUGAACUGCUUGCUGCUAUGAUCAGUCGGCGGUUAUUCAAAUUUGUUGCAGGGUCAUUAUUCUCAACUUCUAAAGAAAUAGAGCGCGUAGUUUGUUGGACAGACAGUGAAGUCACACUUCACUGGAUUCGAGGACUUAGCUCACAAUGGAAGACUUUUGUUGCUAACCGUUUUGCAGAGAUUCAACAGACGUGGGAUCCGCAGGGAGGCCCUGUCCAGGGGUGGAAAAUCCCGCCGACUUACUGACUCGUGGA